UCCGAGUACCACUAUGAGUACACAGCAUGUGACAGCUCAGGAUCACGCUGGAGGGUGGCUGUACCACACACGCCUGGACUCUGCACCGGCCUGCCUGACCCUGUCAGGGGCACUGAAUGCUCAUUCUCCUGUAAGGCGGGUGAGUUCCUGGAGAUGCAGACACAGACGUGCCGGCCCUGCGCUGCAGGCACCUACUCGCUGGGCACUGGUGUCCGCUUUGAUGAGUGGGAUGAGGUGCCCCAUGGCUUUGCCAACGUGGCCACCAACCUGGAGGUGGAUGACAGCUUUGGCGAUGCGGCAGAGAACUGCACAACGUCAACGUGGGUGCCGCUGGGGGAUUACGUGGCCUCCAACACAGAUGAGUGCACGGCCACCCUCAUGUAUGCUGUGAGCCUCAAGCAGUCGGGGACUGUCACCUUCGAGUACAUCUACCCUGACAGCAGCAUCGUCUUUGAAUUCUUUGUGCAGAACGACCAGUGCCAGCCCACGGUGGAGGAGUCCCGCUGGAUGCGGACUACAGAGAAGGGCUGGGAAUUCCACAGCGUGGAGCUGAGCCGUGGGAACAACGUGCUGUACUGGCGGACCACCGCCUUCUCCGUCUGGUCCAAGGUGCCUAAACCGGUGCUGGUGAGGAACAUCGGCAUUACAGGGGUGGCCUUCACUUCCGAGUGCUUCCCCUGCAAGCCCGGCACCUUCGCCCCCGCUGCCGGCUCAACCGCCUGCCAGCCCUGUCCCGCCGACACCUUCUCUGGCAAAGGGGCCACUGCCUGCCAGCCCUGCGACCCUGACACCUAUGCCGAGCCUGGCUCGGGGUCCUGCAAGCCACGUCCGCCCUGCACGGACAAGGAUUUCUUCUACACCCACACGGCCUGCGACGCUGGUGGGGAGACCCAGCUGAUGUACAAGUGGGCAGAGCCCAAGAUCUGCAGUGAGGAGCUGCCGCAGGCGGCCCGGCUGCCAUCCUCAGGGGUCAAGACUCGAUGCCCCCCCUGCAAUCCUGGCUUCGCCAAAGGCAAUGGCAGCACCUGCCAGCCCUGUCCCUAUGGCUUCUAUUCCAAUGGCUCCGCCUGCCUCAGAUGCCCAGAGGGCACUGAGCCGGCUCUGGGCUUGGAGUACAAGUGGUGGAACGUGCUGCCCCCCAACAUGGAGACCACCGUGCUCAGCGGCAUCAACUUCGAGUACAAGGGCAUUGCAGGCUGGGAGGUAGCUGGGGACUACAUUUACACGGCAGCUGGAGCCUCUGACAGCGACUUCAUGAUCCUCACACUGGUGGUCCCUGGCUUCAGCCCUCCAAGCCCAGUGCUGGAGGACACAGAGAGCAGGGAGGUGGCCAGGAUCACCUUUGUUUUUGAGACGGUGUGCAGUGUUGGCUGUGAGCUCUACUUUAUGGUGGGUGUCAACUCACGCACCAACACUCCAGUGGAGACAUGGACAGGUUCCACAGGGAAACAAUCCUACACCUACCUGGUGGAGAAGAACGCGACCAUGAGCUUCACCUGGGCCUUCCAGCGCACCCCGUACCACGAGGCGGGCCGGCGGUUCACCAGUGAUGUGGCCAAGCUGUACAGCAUCAACGUCACCAAUGUGCAGGGGGGGGUGGCCUCCUUCUGCCGCCGCUGUGCCCCCCAGCCCACUGGGUCCUGUGCCCCAUGUUCCCCUGGCAGUGCUGUGGACCCCAGCUCAGGCACCUGCCAGCCCUGCCCACCUGGCACCUACCUGCGGGGCCACCCCUCCGACGGAACACCCGCCUGCCGCCCCUGUGGCCCUGGCACACGCAGCAACCAGCUGCGAUCGCUAUGCUACAACAACUGCAGCCUGGCACUGGCACUGCCAGGCCGGAUGCUGCACUUCGAGUUCCCAUCGCUGGGCCAAGGUGCUGGGGUGGGCACUGGGCCCAGCUUCACCCCCAAAGGGCUGCGCUACAGCCAUCACUUCCGCCUUAGCCUCUGUGGGCACCAGGGCAGGAAGAUGGCCUCAUGUGCUGACAAUGUGACGGCAGGUCGGGGGGGCCCUGCCCGUGUGGUCACCUCUUAUGUGUGCCAGACCAUUCUGGUGCCCCCUGACAUCACUGGUGCCCGUGCAGCUGUGUCUUCGCAGCCCGUCAGCCUGGGUGACCACUUGCUGGGUGUCACCACCAGCUCCGUGCUGGACAGCAUCGUGUCUCCCCCAGAGCUCUUCCCCCCCAGCCAUCCUGACCUGCCUGACAUCAUCUUCUUCUUCAGGUCCAACGACAUGACACAGCCCUGCAGUGGUGGCCGGGCCACCACCAUCCGCCUACGCUGUGAUCCCCUGCGCAUCGGCACUGGCACCCUGGCUGUCCCCAGCAAAUGCCCCGAGGGCACCUGCGACGGCUGCACCUUCCAUUUCCUGUGGGUGACGGCCGAGGGAUGUCCCCGCUGCUCCAGCUCCCACCACCGCCCCAUCGUCGGCGCCUGUAUCGGUGGCGUUCAGAAAACCACCUACGUGUGGCGGGAGCCCCGGCUGUGCCACGGCGGGGACGCCCUGCCGCCGCAGGUGAUCCAGGCGUGCCGGAGCGUGGAUUUUUGGCUAAAAGUGGGAAUUUCCACUGGGACGUGCGUGGCCGUCUUGCUGGCUGCGCUCGCCGCUUAUUUCUGGAAAAAGACUCAAAAGUUGGAAUACAAAUAUUCCAAGCUGGUGAUGGACGCGGCGGCCCGGGAGACCGACGCGACGUCGCCCGACAGCUGCGCCAUCAUGGAGGGGGAGGACGCGGAGGACGAGCUGCUCUUUGCCACCGAAAUGUCACUUUUUGGAAAACUUAAAGCCCUGACGGCCAAGUUCCCCACCCCGGGGGCUCCGGGCCUCAGUUUCCUCACCCCACAGCGGAUGCCGGAUGGAUUCGACUCGGUCCCGCUCAAGACCUCAUCCAGCAGCACCGAUCGGGAGCUGUAAGAGGACGGGGGGCACCCUCGCAUCCCCCAGCCCUCCCGGGAGCUGUGACGGGCCAGAGGGGCACCCACGGACACCCCAGCCCCGGGCAGCUGUGAAGGGAAGGGGGGGUACCCACGGCCCAUCCCCCCGCGCCCCCCAACGUGGCCCCCAUCGUGGCCUUAGGGAUCCGCUUCGGACCGGAGCCUCGUUACGGCUUUUGUACGUGUGUCCCCAC